UGCAAAAUAUUUCUAUGGAAGUGUACGGUGAUACACAACCGGAUAGAAGAAUGAUGUUUGCAUGUACCAGUAUAAACUCGGCGCCGAAAUAUUCUCAAUUGCCGAUUACAAAGUCGCGUUAGAGUGCGAUCGCAACCGUCCAGUAUGGACGGUCGAGAUCGCUAAACCGCCGCGCAUCGUGGGGUCGAUCCGGACGACCAGCGCCGUCCGCAUAAUUCGGCCCCCUCCUUAUUCGAGCACCAUCCGCAACAGUCCCACUAUAAAAAGGGUAAUUUUUUUUUCUCAUUUUUCACUUUUCAUUUUUCACUUCCCAUUUCUGGCAUUUAACGCCUCUCUCUCUCUCUCCCUCCCCUCCGCCACCUCCUUCUCCGGCGCGGCACCGCUGUUCUCCUCCUCCUCCUCCACCAUUAUCGAGGUGAGGUGGUCUCUCGAUCUCUCUCGAGCUUCCCCUCGAACCCUAGUCCAAUGUAUGUAUCGCACCUCUCUCUCUCCCCUCCCUCUACCGCUCCCUCGCGUGUCGUAGCUAGGGUUUCAUUUUGCCCUCCUUCCGAUUCGAUUUGACCUCCUCCGCGGCGCGUGAUUGUGUUCCAAGGUCGCUCCCUAUGAUCGAGGCCCCUGCUCCGAUCAUGGCGGCUCCUGCGCUCAAGCUCAAGCCGCGGAAGCUCUCCGUCGCGCGCCGUUGGCCCAAGGGCUGCGGCCGAUUCCCUGCGACGGCCGAUCCGAAGCCGAUUGCGAUGGCUCCGGAUCCAGGUUUGGAUCCCGACGGGGCGAUUCGUGCUUCCGUUGGCCCUGUUCUCCCGCCGGUCGUGGAGUUAGUUAGGGUUAGGGUUUCAUCGAGAGAAGCGGCAGCGGGAACUUCGGAAUCGAACAAAAUGGCGGGGGCGUCCCCUUUAGAGGAAAAGCAUGGAUCAAAUGGUUCUUUGGAGGAGAAAAUUAAGGGUUCAGAAACUCUACUUGGAGUUGAAAUCAGACCCCCGGAGGAAAGAGUUGAUGGUAGUUCUGAGCAGGCCGCAAAGGAUCUGGUGGAAAACGGAAUAGAGAGCUCUUCUGAUCAAGCUGAAAAAUUUGAAAAUUUGGAGUGCCAACUAAAUGGUUUCGGUGGCGAGAAGCGGUGGCUGACGUCGAAGAUUUACCCUCCUCCUAAAAGAAGAGCGGUAUCGGCAAUUCGGCGCUUUCCGGUCGGGUGUGCGAGGAACAACACUACCCGUACGAGCAAAGAGAAGUGCCCGAAAGCUGCUGACUCAAAUAAGAACUCGAAUGGUGAGAAAAAAUCAGAAGGAAACCAGCAAGCAGCUUCAGAAGUUUCCGGGCAAAUUGUUUUGGUUGAAAAGCCGGAAAGUAAGAGUUCUCUUGAUGGUGGCGACAAAUCUGAAACCAGUCGGAAAACUGGCAAAGAACUUGAUCUUCAAGAUUUUUCGUCGGAAUCUAUGAAAGACAAAACUAACUUGGAUAAUAGUAAGAUGCUAGAGGCAGAUAUAAAUACCAGUUCGCUCGUGUCGGUUAAAGCUGUUUCUAUUGAGAAACUGAAGGGUGAGAGUAUGGAUGGUGAGAGGAAAUUUGGAGCAAAAGUUGCUUCCCUUGAAAAGGUUAGAAACAAGAGUCCGAAUGGUGGUGAAAGAUCUCUAGUGAUUAGCCAAAAAAAGGCAGAGAAAUCAAUUGAAGCGUUGUCAAUUGAAAAAAUUGUUAAGAAGGAUAGGAUCGAUUUCGUCAAGUCUGUAGAUGCUGUUCCACGAAAGCUCAGACAGGACGCGGAUGAUCAGAGCGAAGGAGAUGCUUCUUUGGAUGCUUACAGUGAGACGGUAAUCGUGCAAGCUCUUAUGUCUGCCAAAAACUGUCCGUGGCGGCAGAGUAAAAGGACUUCUUUCGGAAAUUCGCCUUCCAGUUCAUCAAAAAUUAAGGUAAAAAAGGAUGCAAGGGUAUUGAACAAGAAGCUUGCCUCAAGGGGUGAAUCUGUUUCUCGACCAGUAGAUGAAUUGAAAGAAGAAGAUGAAGAGGAUGUGAUGCCUCAGGAUUAUGAGAAUGCAAAAGCACUAACCAUGUACCAAGGAAAACAUGAAUUAACCACUUACGAAGGAAAACGGGAAUUAAGUGUCAACAUCACCCCGUGCGUUCCUAUUGAAUGGAAUCGCAAGGGAAGUGACAAGAAGCACAUUGAUGAUCGUACCAAGGUCAGGAGAAUCCUCCGAUUGUUUCAGUUGGUUUGUAGAAAGUUGUUGAAAGGCGAGGAAGCCAAGUCAACAAAGGAAUCGGGCAAGAUUGGCAGGAUCGAUCUAGAGGCAGCUGCAGUCCUCAAAAGGUGCAAUGAGUAUGUUAACUCUGGUGAAGCAGUAUUAGGAAACGUUCCUGGGGUUGAAGUCGGGGACGAAUUCCACUAUCGGGUGGAGCUCUCUAUUGUUGGACUUCACCGCCCUUAUCAAGGAGGUAUAGAUUCUGUAGUCAAAAAUGGUCUACGUCUUGCGACAAGCAUCGUUGCUUCUGGCGGCUACCCUGAUGACAUCGACAGUUCGGAUAUACUAAUAUAUUCUGGCGCGGGAGGAAAACCUGCUGGUAAGAAAGAAGCGGAAGACCAGAAGCUCGAGCGUGGGAACCUAGCACUCAAAAACAGCAUUGACAUGCAGACACCUGUGAGGGUUAUACAUGGCUUUAAAGAGCAUAAAGGGAGUGAUAGCUCUGAUGGGAGAAUUAAGAUGGUCUCAACAUUCACUUACGCAGGAUUGUACCUUGUUGAGAAGUAUUGGAGUGAGAAAGGGCCCCAUGGUGUUUCUGUUUUUAAGUUCCAGUUGAGACGAAUGCCAGGGCAACCCGAACUUGCCCUAAAUGUAGUUAACAAGACAAAAAGGUUGAAAGUCCGUGAAGGUUUAUGCGUGCGUGAUAUAUCUCAAGGCAAGGAGAAGAUACCAAUCUGUGCGGUCAACACAAUCGAUGAUGAGCGGCCGCCGCCGUUUCAAUAUAUAACCAAGAUCAUAUAUCCACCAUGGUACGCCAAGACUCGUCCCAUGGGUUGCGACUGUUCUGGCGGCUGUUCGGAUUCUGCCAAGUGCGCUUGUGCGAUGAAAAAUGGAGGGGAAAUUCCAUUUAAUUUCAACGGCGCUAUUGUUCAAGCGAAGCCACUUAUAUAUGAGUGCGGGCCAAACUGCAAGUGUCCGCCAUCGUGCCACAACCGGGUGAGCCAGCAUGGUAUCAAAAUACAGCUAGAAAUAUUCAAGACCCUGUCGAGAGGGUGGGGAGUCAGAUCCUUGAGUUCUAUUCCGUCCGGAAGCUUCAUAUGCGAAUAUGUAGGCGAGCUGCUUCAGGAUAAAGAGGCUGAACAGAGGAGCAACGACGACUACCUCUUUGAUAUCGGUCAUAACUACGAUGAUCAGUCUCUUUGGGAAGGGCUCCCGAGUAUUAUUCCUGGGCUACAGUCUAGUUCUAAUUGCGACACUGUGCAGGACAAGGGCUUCACAAUCGAUGCAGCUGAGUGUGGAAAUGUCGGGAGAUUCAUUAACCACAGUUGUUCGCCGAAUCUCUACGCGCAAAAUGUUCUGUACGACCAUGACGAUAAGAGGAUGCCGCACAUAAUGUUCUUUGCCGCUGAAAAUAUCCCUCCGCUUCAGGAGUUAACAUACCACUAUAACUACAUGAUAGAUCAGGUCCGUGAUUCAGAUGGCAACAUAAAGCGGAAAGAUUGUUUCUGCGGUUCUCAUGAUUGCAGCGGCAGACUUUACUGAAUGUUCUGUUUUGUGAAGUCUGAACUUCGGAUCUUCCUUUUCCUCUUUUGUCAGAAAGUUAUAUAACUCAGUGCUUGAUGCGUCAGAUACCCAGUCGUACCCAAAUGCAGUAAACGGCGUGCAAAAGAGAGCUUUUUAUGUUGGUUUUGUUGCAGGAUUUGGGUUCUCCAGAUCUCGGCCUAGAAGAAGGUUCUCAGAAGAGGUAUGGCUUUUGAUGACUCAAAGAGCACACUAAUUUUUUUGUGUUUGUUUACCCUUCAUUUGAUGAAGUGAGAUGUGAAACUUGUUGUAUUUAGUUACAAAAAUCAGUAAAAGUAAAUGAUUUGCCUCUUUUAUCUUC